AUGACAGACUCCAUGGCAGGUGGUUGUGCCUGGUUGUAUACCGACCCCUACGCAUACCAGUAUGCGGAAAUACUCCAGGAAUUUUCGCACUUGAGAACGCAGCCAGCAAAGGAAGACCUUCAAAGACUAGCUGCUGCUGGCAGCGGUCAAUUGGCCGAGUUGGAUGGAGAGUCGAAAACAGGGACGACAACUGCGUGGUAUUUAGCACCGCAGCCAGAGUCAACACAGGCAGGCAGCACUCGCUUCGAGUUAGAUGACACGACAACCAAAGUGAAGCCCACGCCGGAAUAUCCCCAUGAGCUCCCAGCCGUCAACGAAAUCGUGCACCGCUUCGAGCUAGAAGGCUCCUCGGCCGCACCCACCCCGAGGCCAUCACGAGCCGGUUCUAUUCACAACCAUCCCCUUGCCUCAGCCUGCCUACUGCCGCAGAAGCCAGCCUUUCCACGAAAUGACUUCGCUGGUGUCAAGCUAGAGCUCAACUGUCCUACACACCACACGGCGGGUGUUGGGUGCUGUGCCCCUAUUCCCUUGAGCACACUUUCGCCGGUCCAUCCUACGCCGGUUCGUCCUACGCCGGUUUCGGCUCCGCCGCGUCCACGACAGAGUCUGCCUCCAGAAAAAGCGGGAAAGCACAAGGCGACGCAUUCGCAGUGCAGUCGUGACUUUGAUUCGAUCCUCCGUCGGUUGUCGGAGAUUGAAGUGCGCCCGCCAGCUUCAAGGACGAGGGCGUCUCGGGAAUGCGAUCGGUAUGGUACUUGGGGCGCUUGA